AUGCCUUCUACUACUUCCAUCAUCAAGAACCUCCAGCCUCACGAUGUCACGGCUUGGACCUAUGACAUUGAAGUAAGUAAUAAUCUCAGCAUCCUCAACCAACGCUAUGUCGACGCGCGCUCCGGGUAUUGGGCCAUCCAGCACUCUUUCAAUGCGAUCUCCAUCACAGAGGAUGGCUCUUUACAAACCCACUUGCUGACUAUCCUGGCCAUANNGAUGCAGAUGCUCCAUGAAGAGAUUCUCAAACUGAAGAAGAAUCUUACCGAAACGACCACCAAGCAGAUCGAGGAGAAAGAGAAGAACAUCGCCGAGAAGAAGGUUGCCUUGGAGAAGCAUUGCCGUCACUUCGGUAUGGCAUAUGGCAAGUACGGUACUGGAGAAAGUGAAGUCAAGCUUGAGGACACCAACAACGAGGAAACUGGUGCACUGACCAAUGGUCAUGUCGAGAUGGAUGAAGACAGCGCCGUCGAACCUGGUGACACCGUCGACGCUGCUGCUAGCAUCGCUCCUGACGAGAUCAAGUCUCAGUCACCCGCUGUCAACGUCUACGACAGCAACAGAGCCAUUGAAAGCAUCGAAGAACACCAAGAGACCACUAUGGCUGCCUCUCACGACGCCUCAAUCGGAAUGGGUCUUGAUGAUCCCUUCAACCUUCCUGCCGGUCACAAUGCACCUCCCAACUUGUUCCAUCCUUCCACCGGCACCUUCCACGACGAUCCCUUCAACACUCACGAGAACGGAUAUGCUUCAGCCUUCACCGCCAACAACCCGUUCGUUGACCAGAACACUGGCUCCACCAACGUUGACAUGGACCAGUAUCUCGAUGAUCAGGAAACCAACUACACUACUGUAGCUGGACACGUUGGUGAUACUAGCAUUCAUUUCGUCGAAGAGAUGGACAUGGGUACCAUGGCCGACCACGAUCCCUUGUUCGUGCAGGCUGUCGUUCCUGACAUGGAAAAGCAUGAUAACCUCUAA